AUGAUAUUUCACUUGAUACUACUGACGACCACGUCAUUAUUUUCGCAAGUGAAAUGCAGAACUUACGUUCCGGAAAAAGAUUUCGUGGAUCAUAAUCUAAAUCGUCGACAGACAAACAAUCUUACGCACAAUCCUACGUACAAUCCUGCAGAACUGCGACAAAUAAUAUUCGAAAAUAUUAUGAAAGGCGAUCGUUCACCAAUAAUAUUUACAGACAAAGGGCCAGUAACAAUUAACUACAGAGGUAUUCACAGGGGUCCGGGACAACCACCGGAUGGAUUUAAAAACUCCUAUCCAAUAGUAAUGACGUCUCAAGGUGAGGUUACGGUGAACUACGACGAUAGUCAGGAUGACGCAGAGCCGCCGAACAACCAGGACAUUUGCCAGCUGACCAACACCAUGGUCGAGCUUCCGAGUGGUAUAGUUCUGCCAUAUAUAAAAUUCAAGACCAUCAGUCCUUAUCUGCUAGCUGAAGACCAAAAGUCGGAUAUCCGAGUUGUACUUGACAACAAAAACAUGACGUACAAACAGUUCCAAGAAACUUUGCGGUAUUACGGUUGCGGUGAUCUAGAGGACUCGCCGCGACCGUCGGAAAUCAGCUCUAGCGACCACGUCACGUUGGCCAACGGUACGCUGAAAGCGGAAAUGGACGACUACCGGAACAUAGUGAGCAGCAUAACUUCCGGAUCGGAAACGUUAAUGGUGCCCAACGUCGUUAGCGGAAAGUAUUCGCUGUACCGUUCUCUCAUAGCGGACGAAUUGCCGGAGCUGAUAGGUUCGGCAUUUGUCAUCACGCACGAGGGAAUCGUAGUGCCGUUUUCGUUGUACUACGCCGUGGACAGAGAACAUUUCCAAAGGCCGCCGACGGCUGCGGUUGUUCCCUGCAAGGUUCGGCAGAUCAAAUGGCGCGACGGCAAACUAGUGGACGUGCAGACAGUGAGACACGUGAUCGACGCCUUAAGGACCCCGACGAUGAUCAGCUUCGUUUUCCCGAAUGGGAAACGCAUGCCGUUCGUCCGGUGUAGCGUGAAAGAGCCGACCGAAUCUUACGACUACGAUCCGGAAAAAGUGAUGGUGGAUGUGGGCCAGUGCAAAGACGUUCUGUUGUCACAUUUCAACGAUAUCCUUAAGGCUGUGCGUAUUCCUGACGACGACUGUAAGAACAAACGGUUUAAUCCUCCUACAGUGUUCGCGUUGGAUCCAAAGUGUCUGAAUACGACUGAUAUUUAUAAUGUGACGGACCCCGUAAAUCCCCAAACUAAUAAUAUUACCCAGAACAACACAGAACUUAUGAAUACCACUACCAACCCUAGUACAUGUGAAAAAAUGGACAACAUAACUACUAUAGAGUCCAAAAAUAAUGCUACUGAAAACCCAGACUGUGGAGAAAUAUAUAUUAAAAAUCAACAAAAUAGUUCUAAUCCAAACCUUACGUCAAAAAAUACGACCGCUUCAAAUACUACCACUACUAGCAAUCCUAAUCAGGCGACAAUGACUUCAAAUCACCAAAAUUCUUCUAAUCCAGUGAUUGGAGGCAAUACAAUCCCUAUAACGACGGCAGGCAAUAAUAACCAAACUGAAACUAAGAACACGACUAUUAUAAGUGCUCCGAGUAUUACUCAAAAUACAACUGAUUCGAAUAAUACUAAUACAGACAAAAUAUAUGAACCUAAUGACACCAGCAACAAUACCGUAACUACCGAAACUAGUAAUAAUACUACUACUGAUCCAAACCAUAAUGCAGUAGUAACGGAGAAUCGUCAAAACGGUUCUAAUCCAGUGAAUAGAACUAACGAGAUACCAGCAGUAACCAAUACCAACCAUUACCAAAAUCCAACAGAAACUAUUAACACAACAGCAAGUACGUCGAAUUACACGGAAAAUACGAAGGUCGGGUCAAAUGCGGGCGGAAAAGACAAUGAUAGCGGAAGUAAUGAAACCCCCAGUGUCAACAAUACCGCAGAAACGAUACAAACUUCCGGCGCGACCAGAGCAUCCGACGCUGCAGAUGAUGUCGAACCUAUGGAAAAUGGCGAAAAAAUUCCCGAAACGAAUACUGGAAUCAAUGAUGAAACGUCAAAUGACGCAUUGAACAUUACAACGACUGGGAAGACGGAAACCAAUCAACCCACUCCAAUCUAUACUGAAACCAUUAAAAGUCCUAAUAACAAUUCCGUGACGAAUAACGCUACGAAAAUCAUAAACAUAAUCGUGUACUGA